AAAUUUAACUAUAAUAAAAUUAUAUAACAAAUUUUUAUUAAUUCUGCGGAAGCAGGGCGGGGCACGAAACUGGGGCGGGGGCGGGGUCCCUCGCCUCAACCGCGCCCCGUUGCCAUCCUUAAGCACAGCAGCAGAGGAAAGCAGUUGCGAGUGCUGAUCAAAUUCUUUAAAGUGUACCAUUGGAAUGUUCAUCAAGUAUAGAAUUCCAUGUUGGUACGCUCCAAUACAAAGUAAAAACCUGAAGAAUUUGUUCGCUGUAUGCGGCGACAGCUCUGUAGAGCCAAGAAUCCAACAGCUUUUUAGUACAUUGGAAUGACUUACACAUCUUGUUUGGAUUGUAAGUUAUUUGGGAUUAUUUGAAAUAUUUUUACUGUAGCACUUUUUGUGAUGUGAUGUAUGUGAGAUAAAAAGGUAAUUGGAAAGAUAAAAAGGUGUAUUGGAAAUUGUAAUGAUGAUGUAAGUAAAUAAACUGGAUAAAUAAUGCACAAUCCAAACAAACUUCUUGUCGUUGUCAUCUUUUAUGGAUCAUCAUCAGCACACUCCAACUGAGAAUGAGAAAUUUCUUUGUCGUUGUCAUCUUUUAUGGAUCAUAUGAUCCAGCUAAUGGUGUAGCAGGAGUAAUAAAGAGGUAAUAGUAAUGGAUCCAGGAAGAAAAUUCAUUCAGCAGAAAUUGGAGAAAGUCCGUGACCAAUCAGCCUUGCAAUUUGGAGGCAUUGGCUCGUUUGAAUGCUUUCGCUUGGGCGUAGCAUCUCUGUUUUAAGUUUUGACAUCUGCAUUGGUGGAGACAGAUUGUCAAACUAUGGUUGUUAACUUUGGAAGUAUUUGUAUAUAAAGAGCUUUAUAUAAAGUGGGAAUGGAGCUUGGGUUCUUCCUGGUCUUUCGUCCUCCAACUCCUGUGCAAAUCACGUGGCCUGCAUCCCAUCAUGCACUAUUAGUCAUGCGUCAUCAUGCAGUAUCUAUCUUCUAUUUUUUCCCCCUCAAUUCAGAUUGGUUACUAACCAUUAUUUGCUUCUUUUUAUUACCCCUGCUUCUUUUUAUUUCCCUUUUUCUCUCCUCCUUUGAAAUCAAUAUUUAGUACAGUUUUUUUUUCUUAUUAUACUGCUAAUACAAAUGCUGGAUUAGUAUACCAACUAAACAGACCAUUAAUAAUCGCGCCAUUAAAAGCAGACGCCUUCCUGUUCUCUACCAUUGGUCGGCGAAUUCCCCUCUCUGCAUACGCAGCCAACAAUCCAUUAAUUUUUAUGGUCUCCAUGCAAAAAAAUGCACGUCUUCGGCCAUGCUUUCCUGGGUUCUGGUGCAUGCAAGAGAAGCCAGUGUUCCUGCUAUUUUUCUGCUGCUCGCUGUUACAUCUGCUAUUUUGCCAGCUGCAACCUGCUACUGCUUUCCCUUGUUUCAGCGGAUAAGGAUGUGCACUAUAUUAUCUAUCAAUGAUGUUGAGGUCGGUAUGGAGAAAUGGACAGCAAAGGUCACUGUCCAGGAGAAACAGCAAGUUACCUCAUCAAUUAGCACACCAACUAGAAAACAGAAGUUUAUCUUCAUUGAUUCUGAGGGAUCAAAGGUUGAAGGCAUCAUAUUUAAUGCUGAUAUUGCUAUAAUGAGCCCUAGAAUAGAGGUUUACAAAAAGUACCUCAUCUCCAAUGUUCAGGUCAAAAAAAUCCCUGAAAACUUUAGAACCACUGAGCUAGCAAUCCAAUGGAUAAUCACCAGUCGAACAAUUAUUGAAGAGAUUGUAGACGAUGAGGAUGUUAUAGCUGCAAAGUUUACGUAUACCAACUUUACAGACUUGGCACAGUACAUGGACCGCAAGGACAUUUCUGUUGAUAUUAUGGGAAUUGUUAUUGCUACUUUGGAUGAAAAAACUGUCAUCGUUAAUUCAAAGGAAGCACGAGUCCAAAAACUGGUUCUUGUUAAUGAAGAAUUGCAGACACUUAUGCUGUCUAUGUGGAAUGCUUUUAUUGACAAUGAAGGCUCCAAGAUUAUUUCGGAAAUUCAGAACUAUCCUGUUCUUAUUGGAAGAAGGCUAAAGGUUCAAAAUUAUAAUGGGCAAGUAGAAAUGCCAAAUGCCUUGCAGACAUUGUUGCAAAGAGAACAUACACUCGAUACAAUCCUGAUCUCUCUUUCCAAGCAGAUCAAAAAAUUACUGAUAUAUCAAAUAUCAGCUCAAAACACAAGGUGUAAAUUUGAUGUUGACCUCUCUGAUGACACCGGAACAGUCACAGCCACAAUGUUUGGCGAUUUAGCUGAGAAACUGCUAACGUUCACAACAAAAGAAGCAAUGGAGCAUUAUUUUCAGAAUAUGGUGUUACCACUUGAGGUUCUGCAUGAAGACCUAAAAUCCAAGAAAUUCCUUGCGUACAUUAGACCUGUACAGGUUCCCUUGGCUAAUGCAAAACAACGUUUCACAAUGGUAUACUACAAGGAAGCUUCUGAUGAACAAGUUUCUGUUGCAAGCUCCAGUGAACAGGCCUUUACUUGUCCUUCAUCAGGCGGAACGUCUUCUUCAAAAGCUAAAGUUUGUCUUCUUCAAAAAUUUGACGAGUCAGAUGAGCAGAGGCAAUUAAGCUCUGAAGCUCUUCAGACCAGCCCCAAGAAAAAAGCUAGACAAGCUUAGAAUUGUUUCCUUUCCAAGCAAACUAUCUCUUUUCCUGCGUUGGCUCCUAGGUGCCUUUUUGUGUGGUGAAGGACACCAAGUCUCAACACUUUUUAGACCACUAUCAUGCUACUGAUAUGCCUAGCAAAUGCUAAGGAAUUUUCAUGAUUCUGAACUUUGUAUUUCUACACACUCUUACGUUUUGCCUGUUAAUUUGCAUGCCUUUUGCAACUUAAUUUGAAAA